AUGGCGUUUAAGGGCAACCUUUUUGCCCUCUUGAACGACGAAGACGACGGUGACUGUUCACAGCUUCUCUCUCCCCCUAGUGCCCCGGAAUCCAGAAAGCCCCUCGGCCAUAAUAAUGUCGUGAAAUCUGAAAGAAGGAAAGGAAAGCAAACUGGAAGAGGAGGCAGAGAACGCGGCUCUGUAAGGAACAAUAAUGCCCAGGAAAAAGGCAUUCAGAAUAAUAAUUAUCAUCACAGCAACGAUAACAGGCGCUAUGAUGGUGGCCAGCGGCAGAAUAUGGGAGAUAAUGGUUAUCGAAAGAAUGAUGAUGUUCACGAGCAGAACAAUGUUGACAAAAGAGGUUAUCGAGGAGCCAACUGGGGAAGCUGGAACAACGAUUACAACAAAUUUGUCAGGCGUGGAGAUGGCGAAGUGAAGACUUAUGAGGGAAAGGAGGCUGUUGGCGGUAACGAAGAACCUAGGAAGGGGAACCUAAUUGUGGGGGUAUCUAAAGGGCGAGAGCCAGAACAAAUUCCUAAUGGUGGAAAGGGCUUCAGUGAGCAGAAACGACAAGAUAAUACGAUGACUUUGCAACAAUAUGACAAGCAGCUUCUUGAGAAGAGGAAGGCCUUGGAAGCUUUCAAGAAAGAGGAAAGGAAAGUGACACUGGACGAGGAACUCGACUCGAUGCAGCUUGUUGGCAAGAAGAAAGAUGACGCUGCUUCUGCUAAGCAGAAUUCUGAGACAGAGAAGCUCAAGAAAGACGAUGGCCUUGGAACGACGAAUGAGAAGGUAGGAUGGGUGAGUGGUCGCCAUGCAAUAUUUGAUAAAGACGCACGUGUGCCUCUUGCAUAUAGGAGAUAUACGAGGCCUGCAACCACCACCACGAAGGAUGAAGCUCUUAAGGCUGGUCAUUCCCCUGAAGUUCCUAGUAAAGCUCCUGAGAGUGGGAAUUCCCAUAGGAAUCCUCCUGUCAAAACUCCUGAUGUUGAGGACCGCAAACAGUUCCCCGUGCUCGAGAGGGUGUCAAAAAAUUCCAACCCUUGUUAG